GGGAGUUUCUCUUCCGGAGUGAAAGGGCACUGUCCGGGCUAAAGAUGGCGGCACCGGACGAGUUGUUUUGCUGGGAAGGAGACUGGGGUUUACCGUCCGUCAGCACCGACUGCUUGGUAGUUCUGGCCUACGCUCAGUUCGCAGGAGCUCCUCUCAAACUCAGGAAGAUAUCCAACCCCUGGAGGAGUCCCGGCGGUUCUCUUCCUGCUCUGAGGACCAAUCAGAAAGACACUCUGUCCAGACCCUCUGACAUCAUCAUCCACCUCAGGAAACAGAAGUACAACGCAGACUAUGACCUGUCAGCGAAGGAAGGAGCCGACAGCCUGGCCUUCAUCUCUCUGAUGGAGGAGAAGCUCGCUCCUGCUCUGAUCUACACGUUCUGGAUCGAACCAAAGAACUACGUGGACGUGACUCGCCGCUGGUACGCCGAGCACAUGCCGUUCCCUCUGAACUUCUUCCUGCCUGGACGGAUGCAACGCCAGCAGCUGGAAAAACUGCGGCUGCUCCGAGGGGACGAGAGCCUGGAGGCCGGAGAGGAGCUGGAGAAGGAGUUGUACCGUGAUGCUGCAGAGUGUAUGAACCUGCUGUCCCAGCGACUCGGCUCACACAAGUUCUUCUUCGGAGACUCGCCUUCGUCUCUGGACGCCUACGUGUUCGGUCAGUUGGCACCAAUCCUGAAGUCCAAACUGCCCAACGGGAAACUGCAGCAACAUCUGAAAUCCCUCGACAACCUGACCAACUUCUGCACCAACAUCCUGCUGCUCUACUUCCCCAGAGACGGCCGAGAGAGUUCCAGUCAGAAGACGUCCUCUCAGCCCGAAGGCGGAGACUUUGACCACGUCCCCAACAAGCGGAGGAAGCAGUUCCUGUCGGCUCUGGUGGCUCUGGGCGCCAUGCUGAGCUACGCCCUCCUGACUGGCAUGGUGUCCAUCCAGCAUGUCCAGCAGGAGGCACUGGAGGAGCCACCGGACCUGCAGCCCAUCGGCUCCCACGACCAUGAGGAGGAAGGAGACGGCUGAGGACAACACGAGGUCGUCACGGGACUAAAAAUAAGAUCCAGAUGUUUUUACUGUCACCAAAGAAAAGUCACAAGAGACGUGUCGGUGUGAAAUUACAGAUUUAAAAACCACGUCGAGGAGGUCGGUGACAGUUUCUGUACAGAAAUUAAUUAAAAGAUAAUUCUCUGUUUCUGUGGAGUAACAGCAUCUUUGGUUCAUUUUUGUUUAACUUUUGUUACAUUUUUAAAACACUGCUUUUUAGAGGAAACAUGGUUCGACUUUCUCUUUAAAAACAAAUUAAUUUUAUUUUUCUUUGUUCACAUCAUCGUUAAAGUUCACAGUUGACUUGACAGGUCACAUGAGAAGAACAAACAAUAAAUCUAAAGAUGAAAUAA